AUGAAUGAUAAUUUAGUAACUGAUGUUCCGAGUGAUAGUAAAACCGAGGAGUUGCCAAAACAAACUGACACUCCUGCAUUCAACCAGUUAGGAAUUAAUGACAAUAUUUCUUCUGGGCAAGGGGCAGAAGUUAGCAAUGCUCAAGCUAUGUCCAUACAGGAUAUGCUAACAGCAUUAUUUGAAAAGUAUACUAGUAACGAACAGGAGCGUGAAAAACAACGCGAGCUUAAAGAGCAGGAGCAUGAAAAACAACGCGAUCUUAAAGAGCAGGAGCGUGAUAGACAACGUCAGCAGGAAAAGAAAAAACAUAGACAGGAAAAACUUAUAGAAAAACAGCAACAGGAGCUCAGGGACCAAGAAAAGGAAAAGAAAUUUAUGGAAAAUAUAAACAAUAUUUUUCUGGAAAGAGAUAAGGAAAUUGUCCGUAGGAUAAAUCAAGUGUUGGUCAAUUGUGAUAAUGCUAUUACUACCCAUUUUAAGCAGGAGAUCGAUGCAGUAAAAACCACUAUUGAACCGUUAACAAACAUUCCAGUUCAGGUCAAUAGCCUUCAAACUGAAGUAGAUAGGCUACAGAACCAAUUCAAAGCUUUGGCUACCACUGUGGAAACAAUGCAGGAGGACAUUUCCUCGGAAAUCCGAAAGCAAGUCCGAACAGAAGUAGCCAGGGUGCUUAGAUCUGAAAAUCAAAACUUUGAAAACCUGACAGUAUGCAGUAAGGACAACACUGGUACUGACAGGCAAAAGAUCACAGAUAAUCUAACAGCGAAUUUUAAUGCACCACAAGGAAGACCAAAUUUUUGGUAA